AUGUCCGCGAAAGAGCCAGGUACUCGACCUGCAUGGCUAAGUACGCCUUUGUACGCCUUUGAUAUUCCGCGUGAGCUCGUUUCGUCGCUCGUGCUGCGCCAAAACGAAGAAGAGGUAGCCUCAACGGAGACGAAGCCAUCACCGCCAGCGUCGGCUCCUCCCGUCGAAACUGUGUCGAGUGCGCCGCGCAUCGGUGCACCAGCCUGCUCUAUGUGCCCAGGAUGUGGUUCCUUUGAUAAUGUACAGCAGCAGCGCUCUCAUUUUCGCAGCUUGUGGCACCGCUACAAUCUCGUCGUAAAGCAGCACCAUGUACAAAUGCCCUCGGCGGCCGCCUCUGUACCUCUUGUAUCGCGUGAAGAGCUCGAUCAGAUGUGUGCGACGUUAGAAGAUGACGAUGAAUCACCUGACGAGCUGACGGCCCUCUUGCGUCGCCUGGAUCUGUCGUCGCACGACACGAGUCAGGAGGCUGAAAACCACGCGCGGACCGUGAGAAUCAUGUCGGAUGCUCUGCGCUCGCCGAUUUGGUGGUAUGAAACAUCCAAAGCAGCUGAGGUGCAUCUUGAACAGACGCAAUUGGGUAUAUACCGUGACGUCCUUCACGCGGCUGCGCCGCCCGACGCCAAGCCAUCGACGUAUUUGGCUUCCUUAUCCACGCCGCGUUUAACGAUGCGGCCAGGCACGUAUGGAUGGUCUGGGAAGCGCGUUCACGGCACGCAGCACGUGGGCCGUGCGAUGCAGAUGCACGUACUCGAUGGUGAGGGAUUGUUCCCUCACGAAGCGGGCGACGAAAGUCUCGACAGCGACAGUGACUGGGACAUGAGCAUGGAUGAGUCCGAGUCCUCCGUGGCUCCCUCCAGUGACGAAGAAGACAGUAGCCGUGCAAUGGCGCCGCUUCCUCCGUUGCGACUGUGGACGUUUAUCAUGAUGGGCGGCGGUCAUUUCGCCAUUGCUACAGUCGCGCUGAAUCUCCAUGUCAUGCCGCAAUCGGAGCGAGCCAAGGCCCGUGGCACCAAGCCCCAGCGAUCCGUCCUCGUUGUAGCCCACAAAACCUUUCAUCGGUACACAACGCGACGAAAGCAGGGCGGUGCACAAUCGGCCCAGGAUGCUACGGGCCGCCACGCCAAGAGUGCCGGUGCGAACCUGCGUCGCUACGGCGAGGCUCAACUCACCAAGGAUAUCCACACGCUACUAGGUCACCGUCGCUGGCGUGAUUUGAUUGAGCGCAGUGAGCAUGUGUGGAUCCGCACAUCCAUGCGGUCGGCCCAUGGCGUAUUGUGGCAAUGGCCCGGUCAUGACACGAGUCCGCUGGAUGCCAAACAAGCGCAGGGCGCUCUCUCGCACAUUCCCAUCGCGACGCAGCGCCCGACGAUUGGCGAAAUCAUGCGAUGCUUUUUCGAGCUCGUGCGCGUCAAAGUCGCGCAUCUCACGCCCGAGGACCUGGCAGCGCAGGACGACGCUCACCGACAUGCCAUGGCCCGGGCAUUGCGUGUCAGCGAUGCCCAACAGCAUCAGCAGCAACGACCACCGACGCGUCCCGCACGUCCUGCGCGCCGGGAUGCCAAGGAAUCACACAUUCGAGAGCGCUGGGAGCGCCUUGUGACCAUGGUCCGACGCGGAAAGCUGGACGCCCUCGUCAAUUUUAUUCAGCGACACAACGACAUGCUGCAGGAGGCGCUCACCGCCGACACCUCGCUGCCUGCCUACGCGUCCGCUCAGGCCAUCGAUGCACCCCUGCCUCUAUGGUGGCGCGAAAGCCAGGCGCGUGGCUCGAUGGUGCCGACCAACCUUCUGCAGUUGGCUGCCGCGUCUGAUCAGGCGGACAUCGUGCACUUUUUACUCGUGGAAGAACGUGCGGAUCCCACGCUGCCUGUCGCGGCCGCACUGCCACAUCACCGCACGGCGUACGACUUGUGCCCAAGUAAGUCAACGCGAGCCGUAUUCCGCCGCCUCAUGGCCGAACAGCCUACUUGGUGUCGCUGGGACGAGAUGGGGCAGGGCGGUGCCCGUGUGCCGUCCGCCCUUACGGCUGAGAUGGAAGAGGCACAGUCGUCCAAAACGCGGCAUCGACGAGCCGCGAUGCGCGACAAGAUGCGUGAAAGAGACGCCAGGGCUGAGGUGAAGCCGGCAGACACGCCGCCAGCCCCCGCUCCUGUUUCCACGCUGGGCCACUUGUGGCAACGUUUGGGCGGCAGUGCGCCAGCCGAAGACGCCUCGCUCUCUGACGACAUGCGACGUCGGAUUGAGCGUGAAAAGCGCGCGCGUGCUGCCGAGGCACGUAUGCAGCGCAACAAGUCAUAG